AUGAGGUUCUUCCUGCCUUGUGCCUACAUGCUGCUGCUCCUGAUUUCCCAGUUGAGGGCAGUCAGCUUUCCUGAAGAUGAUGAACCCCUUAAUACUGUGGACUAUCACUAUUCAAGGCAAUAUCCAGUUUUUAGAGGACGCCCUUCAGGCAAUGAAUCACAGCACAGGCUGGACUUUCAGCUGAUGUUGAAAAUUCGAGACACACUUUAUAUUGCUGGCAGAGAUCAAGUUUAUACAGUAAACUUAAAUGAAAUCCCUAAAACAGAAGUAAUACCAAACAAGAAACUGACAUGGCGGUCAAGACAACAGGAUCGAGAAAACUGUGCUAUGAAAGGGAAGCACAAAGAUGAAUGCCACAACUUUAUUAAAGUAUUUGUUCCAAGAAACGAUGAGAUGGUUUUUGUUUGUGGCACCAAUGCAUUUAAUCCCAUGUGUAGAUACUAUAAGUUGAAUACCUUAGAGUAUGAUGGAGAAGAAAUUAGUGGCCUGGCAAGAUGCCCAUUUGAUGCCAGACAAACUAAUGUUGCCCUUUUUGCUGAUGGGAAGCUGUAUUCUGCCACGGUGGCUGACUUCUUGGCCAGUGAUGCUGUUAUUUAUCGAAGCAUGGGUGAUGGAUCUGCUCUUCGUACGAUUAAAUAUGAUUCCAAAUGGAUCAAAGAACCACAUUUCCUGCAUGCCAUAGAAUAUGGAAACUACGUCUAUUUCUUCUUCAGAGAAAUUGCUGUAGAACAUAAUAACUUAGGCAAGGCUGUCUAUUCCCGUGUGGCCCGCAUAUGUAAAAACGACAUGGGUGGCUCCCAGCGGGUCCUGGAGAAACACUGGACUUCGUUUCUGAAGGCUCGGCUUAACUGUUCCGUCCCUGGAGAUUCCUUUUUCUACUUUGAUGUUCUUCAGUCCAUUACAGACAUAAUACAAAUCAAUGGCAUUCCCACGGUGGUAGGGGUGUUUACCACACAGCUCAACAGCAUUCCUGGUUCUGCAGUCUGUGCGUUUAGCAUGGAUGACAUUGAAAAAGUAUUCAAAGGACGGUUUAAAGAACAGAAAACUCCAGAUUCCGUCUGGACAGCGGUCCCUGAAGACAAAGUACCAAAGCCAAGGCCGGGCUGUUGUGCAAAGCACGGUCUUGCCGAAGCUUAUAAAACCUCCAUCGAUUUCCCGGAUGAAACCCUGUCAUUCAUCAAAUCCCACCCCCUGAUGGACUCGGCCGUCCCGCCCAUCGCCGACGAGCCGUGGUUCACAAAGACUCGGAUCAGGUACAGACUGACGGCCAUCGCCGUCGACCAUUCUGCCGGACCCCACCAGAACUACACAGUCAUCUUUGUUGGCUCAGAAGCUGGCAUGGUGCUUAAAGUUUUGGCGAAGACCAGCCCUUUCUCUUUGAAUGACAGCGUGUUACUGGAAGAGAUUGAAGCAUAUAACCAUGCAAAGUGCAAUGCUGAAAAUGAAGAGGACAGAAAGGUCAUCUCAUUACAGUUGGAUAAAGACCAUCAUGCUUUAUAUGUGGCGUUCUCUAGCUGCGUUAUCCGCAUCCCCCUCAGUCGCUGUGAGCGUUAUGGAUCAUGUAAAAAGUCUUGUAUUGCAUCUCGAGACCCAUACUGUGGCUGGUUAAGCCAAGGGGCCUGUGGUCGAGUGAGCCCAGCGAUGCUCGCUGGAGGAUUUGAACAGGACACAGAAUAUGGCAACACGGCCCAUCUAGGGGACUGCCAUGAAAUUUUGCCUACUUCAACUACACCAGAUUACAAAAUAUUUGGCGGUCCAACAUCUGACAUGGAGGUAUCUUCAUCUUCUGUUACCACAAUGGCAAGUAUCCCAGAAAUUACACCUAAAGUGAUUGAUACCUGGAGACCUAAACUGACCAGCUCCCGGAAAUUUGUAGUUCAAGAUGACCCAAACACUUCUGAUUUUACUGAUCCUUUAUCAGGUAUCCCAAAGGGUGUACGAUGGGAAGUCCAGUCUGGAGAGUCCAACCAGAUGGUCCACAUGAAUGUCCUCAUCACCUGUGUCUUUGCAGCUUUUGUCUUGGGUGCAUUCAUUGCAGGUGUGGCAGUCUACUGUUACCGUGACAUGUUUGUUCGGAAAAACAGAAAGAUCCAUAAAGAUGCAGAAUCUGCCCAGUCAUGCACAGACUCCAGUGGAAGUUUUGCCAAGCUGAAUGGUCUCUUUGACAGCCCAGUCAAGGAAUAUCAACAGAAUAUUGAUUCUCCCAAAUUAUAUAGUAAUCUGCUGACCAGUCGGAAAGAGCUGCCACCCAAUGGAGAUACCAAAUCCAUGGUCAUGGACCAUCGAGGCCAACCUCCAGAGCUGGCUGCUCUCCCCACACCUGAGUCUACACCCGUGCUUCACCAGAAGACCCUGCAGGCCAUGAAGAGCCACUCAGAAAAGGCCCAUGGCCAUGGAGCUUCGAGGAAAGAAACCCCUCAGUUUUUUCCUUCUAGUCCUCCACCACAUUCCCCACUAAGUCAUGGGCAUAUCCCCAGUGCCAUUGUUCUUCCUAAUGCUACCCAUGACUACAACACUUCUUUCUCAAACUCCAAUGCUCACAAAGCUGAAAAGAAGCUUCAAAACAUUGACCACCCUCUUACAAAGUCAUCCAGUAAAAGAGAUCACCGGCGUUCUGUGGAUUCCAGAAAUACCCUCAAUGAUCUCCUGAAGCAUCUAAAUGACCCAAAUAGUAACCCCAAAGCCAUCAUGGGAGACAUCCAGAUGGCCCACCAGACCCUAAUGCUGGAUCCCGUGGGACCUAUGUCUGAGGUCCCACCCAAGGUCCCUAACCGCGAGGCAUCUCUCUACUCUCCUCCCUCAACUCUUCCCAGAAAUAGCCCAACCAAGCGAGUGGAUGUUCCCACCACUCCUGGAGUCCCGAUGACUUCUUUGGAAAGACAGAGGGGUUAUCAUAAAAAUUCCUCCCAGAGGCACUCUAUAUCGGCUAUGCCUAAAAACUUAAGUUCACCAAAUGGUGUUUUGUUAUCUAGACAGCCUAGUAUGAACCGUGGAGGGUACAUGCCCACCCCUGCAGGGGCAAAGGUGGACUAUAUUCAGGGAGCACCAGUGAGUGUUCACCUACAGCCUUCCCUCUCCAGACAGAGCAGCUACACCAGUAAUGGCACCCUUCCCCGGACGGGACUAAAGAGGACACCGUCCUUAAAACCUGACGUGCCACCAAAGCCUUCAUUUGUUCCUCAAACCACCUCUGUCAGACCACUGAACAAAUACACUUACUAG